AUGGCCUUUACCAAGAAAGCAACUGAGAAGCGGCAUAACCCGGUGCAAAGCAUCUGUAGAAAAAUCCAAGCCAUCCAAAAGAGAGAAGAGAGUACACGUCCCAUCCAACAGAUUAUCAAAUACCAAUCUAGCAGGUUUGACAGUCCACAGACUAACCCCAAGAAAGACUUUGAAGAGGUACUGAAGAAAAUGACGACUGCUCCCAUUCCUCUGCCCGACCCUCGCUCCUCAAGUCCUGAGAAAGUUGGUGCCUUUACUUCACGUCCUCAACGAGUGUCUCCAAGAACCCCACCCAUCUCUCAUCUCAGCUCUCCCGAGAAUGCAACAUACUCUCUUAUCCUCACAAGUUCGGAAAACAUCUCCAGGCCUAGAUCACAGAGCUCCCAGAAUUACACAUCUUUGAUACCGCAGAUCAGAAAAAGGGAACUCUUCUCUAACAAGGAUUUGAAAGACUGUUGUAGUGAAAAUGAUUUUAGUGCCUUAACACUUGACUUUGAUUCCACCUCUAAUCAGAACUCUGAAUUUUUUACUCGUCAGGAUUCAGUGGUGAAAAAAUUAUCUCUGAAUGAAGAGGGGUGGAAACAAGGAACUGAUGAUGGCAAGGAAGAUGUAACCUAUAGCAAUAACGGGACCUGUGAAGAGGAGUUGCUUACAAGUAUUUUUAAUGCAUGUGACACCAAAUGCAGAGGCUCAGUCAGAGUUACCAAAGUAAUAGAUUACCUGAGACAAACAACUAGUCAAGGUUCUGAAGAUGGUAGCCUUGAGGAGCUGUGGAACAUGCUCGAUCCUGAGAAGAGAGACAUGCAUGUGAAUCUGGAAACCUUCCAGGCCAUCAUGAGAGAAUGGAUAGCUCACUGCAGAAACAAAUGGGAAGGAGUGAAUAAUGGAUCAAGCAACAGAAUGGGUAAUUCUGCUUUGGAACAGGACAGCAUAAAAUCAGGUGGAGCAAUUAAGAUGACCACAGAUAUAACAGAUUCUGUAUCACGGAGCUUUGAGGCUUUGGGUGGAGACAUGUUUAAAGGAGUCUUAGAGGUGCCUGAUUUGAUUACCUGUGUAGCAGACCUGCAUUUCAACAAGCAGAAAUUGGAGGAGGAAAAUAAUAAGCUUAAAUUGGCAUUAGAAAGCUUGGAAGACGCAAACAGCCAGUUAUCAGAGGACUGUACUGAAUUGCGCCUUCAGAUAAAAAGUGCCCACCAGGCUAUUAUGAGAACAAAUCUGUUAAAAGAAGAACUGGAGGAACUGAAAAUUAGUAUGAACACUUCAGAAGAGCAGAAGACCAUGAUUGUAGCCCAGAACAAACAAUUAGAGGCAGAAAACCGGGCUCUGAUUCUUAAGAUUCGGAUUCUCCAAGAAGAGAAUGCUAAGAACAUUAUGGAUGUAUAUAAAUUGGAAAAGAAGAUUGAGGAAUUGUCUAAAACUGAGAAACAGCAUCAAAUGCAGUUACACACAUAUGAGAACGCUUUGCUUAAUAAAGAUGCAAGUUUGCAGAAGAAGGAUUUGAGUAUAGAAGAACUUAAGUCAACCAUCAUAGAAUACGAAAGCAUUAUAGAGAACUUACGAGGGGAGAAAAACAAACUGGCUCAUGAAUUACAGCACUUGCAACAGGAACUCAUCGUGAAUGGAAUCCAGUUGAAUGUCAGUGGAGAGCAUAAGAGUUUCAACUCUGAAGGAGAAAAAUCUCUACAUUGUGAACUCAUUCUUGCUCAGUCUGCAGAGAACAAUGAAACCAAGUGGCAGUGCAAUUUAAUCAGCUUGUCAUCUCUGGACACAAUGAUGGACCAAGAAAUGCUGCUGUUACUGAGAGAAAUUGAACAAAAGGGAGUGGAGUUCACAGCUAUGCUUCAGAAGCUGCAUGAAGAUGUUUCUGAAGUUGAAACACUCAUUGAUAGUUCUCUACAGUGGGUAACUAAUCCAGAAAUUACUGUGAAAGAAAAGUGGGAGAACAAGCUUACUGAAUUCAAAUAUAUCAAGGAAGAGAAGCUAAAUCUUUGUAUAUUAAUGCUGAACAACUUGAGAAACCACAAAGAAUCCCUUGAUAAAGAGUUUGCCAAAGUGAUAGAGAUUUUGAAGAGAUUCAGGCUGGAAUAUUUUUAUUUCAGAAAAGAAUUUCUUCCCAGGCAGAAACAACUAGAAGCCAUCACACAACUGCAAGAAGAUGCUGUCAACCAGGAAGCCAUCCUCAGGAAGAAGGUCCAAGAAGCCAGCCAAUGGUUGGAGGGAGCAGAGGAGCAGGUAGGGUGGCCUUUGACUACACUAUAUGCACAGGAAGUCUCUCAGAUGUCCUUAAAACCCUGA